CAGGGCCGGGCCGGGCCGGGCCGGGCCAGGCCGGGCAGGGCUGGGCCGGGCCGGGCCGGUCGAGCCGAGGACGGAAGCGGAGAGGGGCAGGGAGAGGGGCAGGGGCAGGGCCGCCCGCCCGCCCGCUCCCCGCGCAGCCGAGCCUGCUGCGGACAAAGGCGGCGGCCUGGGCAUGGCGGUGGGCGGCGGGUGAGCUGCGGUGCCGAGCGGGGCGGAGCGGAGCGGAGCGGAGCCGGGGAGCGCCCUGCGGCGGGGCCGGCGCGGCGCGGCCAUGGGGUUCCUGCACCAGCUCCAUCUCCUGCUCUGGAAGAACGUGACGCUGAAGCGGCGCAGCCCGUGGGUGCUGACUUUUGAGAUCUUCAUCCCACUGGUGCUCUUCUUCAUCCUCCUGGGACUGCGACAGAAGAAGCCAACCAUCCCUGUGAAGGAAGUCUCUUUCUACACGGCGGCCCCACUCACCUCGGCUGGGAUCCUGCCUAUCAUGCAGUCCCUGUGUCCCGAUGGCCAGCGUGAUGAGUUUGGCUUCCUGCAGUACUCCAACUCCACGGUGACACAGCUCCUGGAGCACCUCAGUGAGGUGGUGGAGCAGAGUAACUUAUUUGACCCAGACCACCCGGGCCUGGAGGAGGAGCUGGAGUCCCUGCGUCGGCGCCUGGAGGCCCUCAGCAGCAGCGAGCCCAGCUCCAUGGAGACCCACUUCAGCAGCCAAGCAGGGUCUGGCUUCACACUGGGGUGGGCAGCCAAGGACCAGGGUGAGCUGCAGCGCUUCCUCAUGCAGAACCUGUCCCUCCCCAACGACACGACUGAGCUCCUCUUGGGCUCCAGCAUUGACCUGCGGGAGGUAUAUCACCUGUUGUUUGGGUCCUCUCCUUUGGCACCAGACAAUGUCCAUGAACAAGACCUGUGGGAUCAGUUUGGACCCAGUGACAAGAUCUCACAGCUGGAGAAGAGCCUUCCCAGCAGCUGGAGAAGCCUGCGGGAAGGGCUGGUCCACAGCGCGCUGCGCAACCCCUCCACAGCCCUGCAGAGGCCAGCGUUGCUCCGCCUGCUCUCUCAGGCCCUGGGCCUUGCCAGUGCCACCACAGCACCUUCAGGCUCCUACAGCCCCCAGGCCUUUGUCACGGAGAUGGAGCUCCCUGCCCUGCAGGGUGUUCUCUUCACAGCACCAGUGCUGGAGCAGCUGACGUGCGAGCAUAGCUCUGGGACGCUGCGCCGCCUCCUGCGUGUGGCCCCAAGCCAGCAGCCGCUGCUGCAGGCAUACCGGGCGCUGGUGUGCAAUGGCAGCCGGGCAGCCCGCGAGGAGCGCUUCACCCUGCUGGCUGCUGAGCUGCGGGACCAGCUGGAUGUCCCCAAGAUCAUCAGCAGGCUGCAACUGGAUGAGGUGAACAGCACGGCAGCCCAGCACCGGCUCCGCACCCUCCUAGAGGACCUCAUGGAGAUGGAGAAGGUUCUCCACGACAUGGACAUCCUCUCAGCACUGGCCAGGCUCCUGCCCAGGGGAGCCUGCACCAGCAAGGCUCCACCACCUACCGCCAACAGCACUGGCUGGGCCAGUGCUAAUGCCACAGCCAGCAAUGCCACGGUGGAAGAGGAGGGUGCCAGGGGGGACCUGGCUGGUGGUGACAACCCCCAGGGGCAGUUCUCAGCCUUUGUGCAGCUUUGGGCUGGUCUGCAACCCAUCCUCUGUGGCAACAACCGGACAAUUGAACCUGAGGCACUGAAGCAGGGCAACAUGAGCUCUCUGGGUUUCACCAGCAAGGAACAGCGAAACCUAGGACUCCUCGUACAUCUUAUGACCAGCAACCCCAAAAUUCUUUACGCUCCUGUGGGUACCGAAGUGGACAAGGUCAUUCUGAAGGCCAACGAGACCUUUGCCUUUGUGGGCAAUGUCACCCACUAUGCCAAGGUAUGGCUGAACAUAUCACCUGAGAUCCGGGCCUACCUGGAAGAGGGCAGACUGCAGAGACGUAUCCGCUGGCUCCAGCAGUUCACCACUGACCUCCACAAGCACCCAGAGAUCCUGAAUGUCUCCGAAAAUGACCUUCUCCGCAACUUUCUCAAUGGCAACUUCUCACUGCCGAAUGCCAGUGUCCUGCUCCAGCAGCUGGACACUAUUGAUAAUGCUGCCUGUGGCUGGGUCCACUUCAUGGCCAAGGUCAGUGUGGACAUCUUCAAGGGCUUCCCAGAUGAGGAAAGCAUCGUCAACUACACACUGAACCAGGCCUACCAGGACAACGUCACAGUCUUUGCCAGUGUGAUCUUCCAGACCAACAGGGAUGGCUCACUGCCCCCGCAUGUCAUGUACAAGAUCAGGCAGAACUCCAGCUUCACGGAGAAGACCAACGAGAUCCGGCGUGCAUACUGGCGGCCCGGACCCAACACUGGUGGCCGCUUCUACUUCCUCUAUGGCUUUGUCUGGAUCCAGGACAUGAUGGAGCGUGCCCUCAUCAACACUUUUGUUGGCCAUGAUGUGGUGGAGCCUGGCAACUAUGUGCAGAUGUUCCCAUACCCAUGUUACACCCGGGACGACUUUCUCUUCGUCAUCGAGCACAUGAUGCCCCUGUGCAUGGUGAUCUCCUGGGUCUACUCAGUAGCCAUGAUGAUCCAGCAUAUUGUGACCGAGAAGGAGCAUCGCCUGAAAGAGGUCAUGAAGAUGAUGGGCUUGAACAAUGCAGUGCAUUGGGUGGCUUGGUUCAUCACCGGCUUCGUCCAGCUCUCCAUCUCAGUCACAGCACUCACUGCAAUCCUGAAAUAUGGCAAGGUCCUGAUGCACAGUGACGUCCUCAUCAUCUGGCUCUUUCUCGCCAUCUAUGCUGUGGCCACCAUCAUGUUCUGUUUCCUGGUGUCAGUGCUCUACUCCAAGGCCAAGCUGGCUUCUGCCUGUGGAGGCAUCAUCUAUUUCCUCAGCUACGUGCCCUACAUGUAUGUGGCCAUCCGGGAGGAGGUGGCGCAUGACAAGAUCACGGCCUUUGAGAAGUGCAUUGCGUCUCUCAUGUCCACCACGGCCUUUGGGCUGGGCUCCAAGUACUUUGCGCUGUAUGAGGUGGCUGGUGUGGGCAUCCAGUGGCACACCUUCAGCCAGUCGCCUGUGGAAGGAGAUGACUUCAACCUCCUGCUGUCCAUGAUGAUGCUGAUCAUAGAUGCUGUGGUGUACGGGGUGCUCACGUGGUACAUUGAGGCUGUGCACCCGGGCAUGUUUGGCCUGCCGCGGCCCUGGUACUUCCCGUUCCAGAAGUCCUACUGGCUGGGAAAUGGAAGAGUGGAGACCUGGGAGUGGACCUGGCCCUGGUCACAUACCACCCGCCUCAGCAUCAUGGAAGAGGAUCAGGCCUGCGCCAUGGAGAGCAGGAGGCUGGAGGAGACACGGGGAAUUGAGGAGGAGCCAACCCACCUCCCCUUGGUCGUCUGCAUUGACAAGCUCACCAAGGUCUACAAGACAGACAAGAAACUGGCACUGAACAAGCUGAGCCUCAACCUCUAUGAGAACCAGGUGGUGUCCUUCCUGGGGCACAAUGGUGCAGGCAAAACCACCACCAUGUCCAUCCUGACUGGCUUGUUCCCUCCGACCUCGGGCUCCGCUACCAUCUAUGGCCACGAUAUCCGAACAGAGAUGGAUGAGAUCCGGAAAAACCUGGGCAUGUGUCCCCAGCACAAUGUGCUCUUCGACAAGCUGACAGUGGAGGAGCACCUCUGGUUCUACUCACAGCUCAAGAGCAUGGCAGAGGAGGAGAUCCGCAAGGAGAUGGACAAGAUGAUUGAGGAUCUGGAGCUCUCCAACAAACGCCAUUCCCUGGUGCAGACCCUCUCAGGAGGCAUGAAGAGGAAGCUGUCAGUGGCCAUUGCCUUUGUAGGUGGGUCACGGGCUGUCAUCUUGGACGAGCCCACGGCUGGAGUCGACCCAUACGCACGCAGGGCCAUCUGGGAUCUCAUCCUCAAGUACAAGCCAGGGAGGACCAUCCUGCUGUCCACUCAUCACAUGGAUGAGGCUGACCUGCUGGGCGACCGCAUUGCCAUCAUCUCCCAUGGCAAACUCAAGUGCUGUGGUUCCCCACUCUUCCUCAAGAGCACCUAUGGCGAUGGCUACAAGCUGACGGUGGUGAAGAGGCAGUCAGACACCAGAAACAGCACAGAGCCAGGCCAGCCCCACAGUCCUCUAGGCCACUCUUCUGUCAGCCCCUGCUCUGAGCCCCGCGUCUCCCAGUUUAUCAAGAAAUACGUGGCCUCCUGCCUCCUCAUCUCGGACACCAACACUGAGCUCUCCUACAUCCUGCCAAGCGAGGCUGUCAAGAAGGGCUGCUUUGAGAGGCUCUUCCAGCACUUGGAGCAAAGUCUGGAGGAACUUGACCUCACCAGUUUUGGGCUGAUGGACACCACACUUGAGGAGGUCUUCCUGAAGGUGUCUGAGGAGGACCAGUCCCUGGAGAACAGUGAUGUGGACAUGAAGGAGUCCAAGAAGGAUGCCCUCCAGCCACCUGUCCCUGAGCUGGGCCCAAAGCCAGAGGCCAAUGGGGAGCCCCUGGCUGAGGUGGACGUGCCUGAGAAGCCCGAGGUAGAGCUCAGCAACCUGGUGACAUGCUCCAAGCUGGCGCAGUCGCAGGCGUCCUUGCGCUCGGCCUCCUCGGUGGGCUCCGUGCGGGGCGACGAAGGUGGGGCUUAUUCUGAGUUCUUUGGGGAUUACUCUCCAUUGUUUGACAAUCAUCAGGACCCUGACAACAUCAGUCUGCAAGAUGAUGUGUCCAGGGAGCCUGUAAAAGAGAGAGAAAGGGAGGCACAGGCCCUGCAGCCUGGGAAGAGGAUUGGGGUGGGAUGGCUGGAAACUGGUGCUUCUAGCCAAGACCAAGAGGCCGAUGUGGAGGCAGAGGACCAUGACUUGGCCGGGCAGGGGACCUUCAAGCUGGAGGGCUCAUGGCUGAAGCUGCGCCAGUUCCACGGGCUGAUUGUAAAACGCUUCCACUGUGCCAAGCGCAACACCAAGGCCCUCUUCUCUCAGAUCCUUCUGCCUGCCUUCUUUGUCUGCGUGGCCAUGACUGUGGCACUCUCCGUGCCUGAAAUAGGUGACCUGCCACCCCUCAUCCUCUCGCCAUCACAGUACCACAAUUACACCCAGCCCAAGGGCAAUUUCAUUCCUUAUGCCAACGAGGAGCGGCGUGAGUACCGCAUCAGGCUGUCUCCAGAUGCCAGCCCCCAGCAGCUAGUGAACACCUUCCACCUGCCCUCUGGCAUCGGGGCCACCUGUGUGCUCAAGACAGCCUUCAACAACACACUGGACCAACCCAUGCAGACCCUGAACCUCAAUAGCAAUGAGUCCAAGAUGCUGGCAGCCAAGUACUUUGAUGCUAUGUGCAUCGACUCCUUCACUCAGGGCCUGCCACUCUCCAACUUCGUGCCACCGCCUCCAUCCCCAGCUCCUUCCGACUACCCCAUCUCAGUGGAUGAGGACUUGCUGCAUGCUUGGAACUCCACAAUCUUCUCUUCUGCUAUCAAAGAGACCGUCACCUCGGCCCCUGCCCUGCCCCGGAUCAUCCAUGAGCCUAUCAAGUGCACAUGCUCCAUGCAGGGGACUGGUUUCUCAUGCCCCAGUGGUGUGGGAGGCCAUCCGCCACAGAUGAAGGUGGUGACGGGGGACAUCCUGGCAGACAUCACGGGGCGCAACGUCUCCGAGUACCUGCUCUACACCUCAGACCGCUUCCGUCUGCACAGGUACGGGGCACUCACCUUUGGCAAUGUCCAGAAAUCCAUCCCAGCCUCCUUUGGGGCCAGGGCUCCUGCCAUGGUGCGCAAGAUUGCCGUCCGGAGAACAGCCCAGGUCUUCUACAACAACAAGGGCUACCACAGCAUGCCCACCUACCUCAAUGCUCUCAACAAUGCCAUCCUACGAGCGAACCUGCCCAAGAGCAAAGGCAACCCUGCUGCCUACGGCAUCACGGUCACAAACCAUCCCAUGAACAAGACGAGCGCCAGCCUGUCCUUGGAUUACCUUUUGCAAGGCACAGACGUGGUGAUUGCCAUCUUCAUCAUUGUGGCCAUGUCCUUUGUGCCUGCCAGCUUUGUGGUGUUCUUGGUGGCUGAAAAGGCCACCAAGGCCAAACACCUGCAGUUUGUGAGCGGCUGCGACCCUGUCAUCUACUGGUUGGCCAACUACGUGUGGGAUAUGUUGAACUACCUGGUACCAGCCACGUGCUGUAUCAUUAUCCUUUUCGUGUUUGACCUCCCGGCAUACACCUCUCCCACCAACUUCCCAGCCGUCCUCUCACUCUUUCUGCUGUAUGGCUGGUCCAUCACCCCCAUCAUGUACCCUGCCUCCUUCUGGUUUGAGGUGCCCAGCUCUGCCUACGUCUUCCUCAUCGUCAUCAACCUCUUCAUUGGCAUCACUGCCACUGUCGCCACGUUCCUGCUGCAGCUCUUUGAGCAUGACAAGGAUUUGAAGGUGGUGAACAGCUACCUGAAGAGCUGCUUCCUUGUAUUCCCUAACUACAACCUGGGCCAUGGCUUGAUGGAGAUGGCUUACAAUGAGUACAUCAAUGAGUACUACGCCAAGAUUGGGCAGUUUGAUAAAAUGAAAUCACCUUUUGAAUGGGACAUUGUGACGCGUGGACUUGUCGCCAUGACAAUUGAAGGCUUCGUCGGCUUCUUCAUCACCAUCAUGUGCCAAUACAACUUCUUCCGGAAGCCCCAGCGGCUUCCUGUCUCCACCAAGCCCAUCGAAGAUGACAUUGAUGUAGCCAAUGAGCGGCACCGUGUCCUGCGUGGGGAUGCUGACAAUGACAUGCUGAAGAUUGAAAAUCUCACCAAGGUAUACAAGUCCCGCAAGAUUGGGCGCAUCCUGGCCGUGGAUCGGCUGUGCGUGGGUGUGCGGCCUGGGGAGUGCUUCGGGCUGCUGGGUGUCAAUGGUGCGGGAAAGACGACCACCUUCAAGAUGUUGACGGGGGACGAGAGCACCACAGGAGGAGAGGCCUUCGUUAAUGGGCACAGCAUCCUGAAGGAGCUCCUGCAGGUGCAGCAGAGCUUGGGCUACUGCCCACAGUUCGAUGCACUCUUCGACGAGCUGACAGCCCAGGAGCACCUGGAGCUCUACACCCGCCUGCGUGGCAUCCCGUGGAAAGAUGAGGAGCGGGUAGUCAAGUGGGCACUGAAGAAGCUUGAGCUGACCAAAUACGCUGACAAGCCUGCCAGCACCUACAGUGGAGGCAACAAGAGGAAGCUGUCCACAGCCAUCGCAUUGAUCGGCUACCCAGCCUUCAUCUUCCUGGAUGAGCCAACAACGGGGAUGGAUCCCAAGGCACGGCGCUUCCUCUGGAACCUCAUCCUGGAUGUCAUCAAAACAGGCCGCUCCGUGGUGCUCACGUCCCACAGCAUGGAGGAAUGUGAGGCGCUCUGUACCCGCCUGGCCAUCAUGGUGAAUGGGCGGCUCAAAUGUCUUGGCAGCAUCCAGCAUCUGAAAAACAGGUUUGGAGAUGGCUACAUGAUCACAGUGCGCACAAAGUCCAGCCUCAACGUCAAGGAGGUGGUGAGGUUCUUCAACCGCAACUUUCCUGAGGCCAUCCUCAAGGAGCGGCACCACACUAAGGCCCAGUACCAGCUCAAGUCAGACCAGAUCUCACUGGCACAGGUCUUCAGCAAAAUGGAGCAGGUGGUGGAUGUGCUGGGCAUUGAAGACUACUCUGUCAGCCAGACCACACUGGACAAUGUGUUUGUGAAUUUUGCCAAGAAGCAAAGUGACAACCUGGAGCAGCAGGAGACUAGCCCUAGCUGUGCAAUGCAGUCACCCUUGGAACAUGUGCUGAGCCUUCUGCGCCCACGGGCAACCCCCACGGAGCUGCAGGCCUUGGUGGUGGAGGAGCAGGAGGACCUGGAAACUGAUGAUGAAGGCCUCAUCAGCUUCGAGGAGGAGAGGGCUCAGCUCUCAUUCAACACGGACACGCUGUGCUGAGACACUGAGGGGGGGAGCCACAUCCCCUGGCUGUGAAGCCACCAAAUACUUUUUGCCUCUCCUCUCCCUUUGUCCCUGUUGAGCGGACGCAGUCGGCAUGGGGAUGCAGGGAACUGCCCCCACAACCCCAGGGGGUCAAGCCCUGCUGCUGGAAAGGACACAGUGGGUACGGUACCAGCCUGGAUGGACUCUGAACCAAUGGCCACCAGCUGGCCUUUGUCCCCUGCAGCUCUGGAGCAACUCCCCACAUGGCACCAGCAGGGGCUGCCGUCCUUGCCAGCUUGCCAGGCUGGUGCAUGCCACGGACAGAGACUGUGAACAGGACACUACAUUGCAACAGUGCUGCCAGCCCUGCGUGUCCCAUGCUGGCAGGGAAGAGACCUCUUAGAGUGGUGCCUUUGGACACCCACUUUUGCAUCCACCCCAAGGGAAUCCUGGCCAUGGGGAUACCCCUGCCCCAUCACUACCCCAGGCCUGGCCCUGGCAUGGCCAGAGGAAGGACUGCUGCUUUUUCCUCGUUUCCAUCACCUGCCGGGUUUGGCGCUUGCUCAUGGCAUCACAGGGGGCUCAUUGGCCCAGCACUGCAGAGGCAGAAGCUCCAGUGCUUCACCCUUCUUUGAUUUCUGUUGUCAGCACUGCUGACAGAACAUCACUUGUGACCUCAAGCCUGCUGGAGACAGGGACUCAGCCCUGCUGGUGCUUCUGCCAGCUGAGGGGUUUGGCCCUGCCAAGCACUGGGCUUGCUACCUUGCCCAGGGCUGCCUCUGCCAGGUACCAGUGCUUGCCCUGGCUCUGCCAAGCCUUUCCUUGCUCGCUCUGGGCACUCAGUGCUAUCCCUGGGGCACAGCACUGGCGCCCAUGCAGAGAGGCACGUGGUGGGGCAGAGAGGUAUUUCACAGGGUAUUUCACAUGCUGGCACCAGCUGUUUCUCCCCUCUGCCCCCAACCAUGUCCCAGAACCCCUCACCCUGCCCUCCUGCCUGCCAUCACACUCUGCUUCCUCAGUGAGCAUUAGGCACAGGGCAUCGCUGCAACUGUGCCAUCUUUCUACUGUCACCCAUCCUUUUCUCCCUUGCCCUAGCACUCAUUGCUCAGAGUCUGGCCCAGCGUGGGAGCUAUUUGUAAUGGAUUCUAAUUAUUGGUUCACUGAUGGCACUGGGAGAGGGGACUGCUGCACCCCAGGAUGGCUUUUGGGUUUGGGGGGGGGAGGUGGCCUCAAGGUGUGAGGACAAGGCAGCCUGACUCUGCACUGGUUCAGCCUGGCAGAGGUGCCUGGAAUGUUGGGGAUGGAAGGAUGGAGGCCAGCAUCUGUGACCCUGCGUGUCACCUGGGGCAGGCAGCAGGCACCCCCUCAGGUGGCAGUGCCCCUCCUUUCUGCAGAGGGUCUUGCCACCGUGUCACCCCUGGGGGCAGUGCCCAGGCCGCUGUGACACCCCCAGCCCACUGCUUUUCAGCAUUGCACAGCUGUGACAAAGCAGGGGUGACCUCCAGGCUCAUGAUGCUAACCCUGACCACCCACCCCUGGGAUGUCUGCAGCACCCUGGUGUGUCCAGAGCUGCCAUACUGUAUGGUGCAACCAUCCAUGGCUGCCUCCAUCCUGGAGGCCUUGCUGGCCUUUCCAGUCUCCCUGGCACAGGUGUGGGCUAAGCCCCAGGCCCCGUAGACCCAGGUGCCACCUUGCCCUCUGCUGUGCCCAUGCCUGUCCCAGGGCUCAGCACUCCUGUAUGCCAACUGCUAUAGAUUGUGAUACAAUAUACAGUAUUUUCAAUAGGGGAAAAAUUGGGGGGAGAUAAGCUCUAUUUUCAGAUUUUUCAGACCAUAUAUUUUUUAUGGCAUACAGGAAACUGUCUGGUCGCUGGGUGGUGCAGAUGGUGCAGGCAGUGCACCACACUGUGCUGGGGUACAAGCAAAGUCCAGGUUAGCUCUCUCUGCCACCAUGGAGAGACAGUGUCACCUGCAGGCUUUCAUGUGUCACCUUGGAGGUGGCACAGCUCAGCCCUCUCUGGGCACCCAAGGGGGGCAUGGUGCCCGACACUGCUGCAGUGGCCAGCUCUGGCCAGGCAGGGCUUCAUCCUCACCCCACACGUGUCCUGCUGCUGUGCCUCCUGGGGCUCCUCUGACAAGGAGAACCCCAGUGCUCCCAUCAGCAGAUCUGUGCCCACCUGGUGCUGUGCCACUGUCCUUGGACAGUCAGAGAAGCUUUUGUGCCCCUAGCACAAUGUGUCCAGGGCACACUUAGCAGCCUGGGUGGCCGUAGUGACCUCCCCAUCCCAGGUGCAGGACGGCCCUUGACCCUUGGGCACCCUGAGGGUGGUUGCACAGACAGGUGGUUGCUCCAGCCCAUGGCAGUGGGCUGGAGCGGUGCAGCAUUGCCCAAGGUGGGGGUGACUGCUGCCUUAACAUUAUUUGCUUUGUUGAGUUUGGCCCUGCUUCCCACCUUGCCUCCCUCCACACAUCCUCAGAUGCCAGCACCUGUGCCAUGCACAGCCCCAAGUGUGGGGUGUACCGAUGGGUGGAGAUGCUCUGGAGGAGCCUGUACAUUGCUAGCAAGAGAAAAAAAGAUGAAAUGUGAAAAUAAUGAUUGUUUUAAAUAAAAAAUAAUGACUGAAGCCA